GCGUGGGGCGCAGUGGUGAGGGGGCGGUGCCGGGGUGUCGGUUGCGGCGUGAGGGGCUCCACCGGGAAGAUGGACGACUUCCAGUCGGGGGAGGAGCUGCCGCUGCACAUCACUUGGAGAAAAUGCUCGAGGGGUAUCGCGGCUUCUGGCUUCACCGGCAGGAUGAAGCAGUGUGCUGUGGUAGAAGGUUUGCUGACUUCCUUUGUUGUUGAUGAAGUCAGUAGCAUCAUUAAAGAGGCCAUAGAAAGUGCGAUAGGUGGCAAUGCCUACCAGCACAGCAAAGUGAACCAGUGGACAACAAGUGUGGUGGAACAAACGCUAAGCCAACUCACAAAGCUGGGGAAGCCUUUCAAGUAUAUUGUGACCUGUGUGAUUAUGCAAAAGAAUGGUGCUGGGCUACAUACAGCAAGCUCUUGCUUCUGGGACAACUCCAGUGAUGGAACCUGCACUGUGAGAUGGGAGAAUAAGACUAUGUACUGUAUUGUCAGUGCCUUUGGACUUGCAAUAUAAUUGCCUUGAAAUCAUUCAUCCUUCUCUUUUCUACUCCAGCACUUGAUUCCAUCUCUACUCAAACUGUGAAUACACUGAACAACUUCUGUUUUUAAUGUACUUUUUAAGUAACUUUUUUCAAAUGUAGAAAUGUGAAAACAUGCUGUUACAUGUUUUAUGUUUGUACUUAGUACCGUACCAGUGUUGCCAUACUGUCUUAACACUUCAAGAACUUCUCUUCAAGGUGCUAAUACUGAAAUCUGCUGCAGUGUAAACACUUCCUCUAGAUUUCUUUUUUAAGACCAAUAUAAAUGAGACACCGACUUUCACACUUUGUACUCUUGGUUAGCAUUAAAUUAUUCAAAUUCAUA